AUGGUUUCCCGUGUGGCAGAUGCCCUCAAGACCCACAGGAGAGACCAGCUCAUAGAGUGGAUCAAGGGUCUACUAGCCGUUCCUUUCGUCUUACACUCCCAUCCAACAGCAGUAUUCGAGCCCAGCGAUGAGUCAGUCGAGCACCAAGCCAACAUCGCUCAACGGCGGUAUGCCGAGAUCCUGCGCGACGUUGAAGAGAUCAUCAACGACCACAUCCAACACCAGAAAGACGGCAAACCCGACAGAUCAAAGUUGAAGCUUCUCGUUCCAACAGUAGCGAACUUCUUCACGUCCUUAGCAUUGCAUGACGCUUUCAUCUGGCAAGAUCAGCGGCGCUUCAUCAGCCACCGACGUUUCGUCCCCCCUUCUUUCAACGAUGUGCGUCUAGUUCUCAACACAGCCCAAGUAAUGAGUCUCAUCCGCAACGGUCCCCUCGAACUCGUGACGUUUGACGGAGAUGUCACUUUGUAUGACGACGGCAAAGACUUGACAGAAGACAACCCGAUCAUUCCCAAGAUUCUGCAGCUCAUGCGUCGUGGAUCAAAGAUUGGCAUUGUCACAGCCGCAGGGUACACAGAGGCGAAGCCAUACUAUGGCAGACUUUACGGGCUUCUAGACGCCAUCCAGGCAUCCGAUCUGCCCCUAGAGGCUCGACAGAAUCUGAUCAUCAUGGGCGGUGAAAGUAAUUUCUGUUUCAAGUUCGACGAGAACAGUCCAGUUCUACUGCGCCUGAUUCCCAGAGAAGAAUGGCUGCUUAAGGAGAUGCUUUCGUGGACUGAGUCGGACAUCAAGGACCUGCUUGACUUGGCGGAAGUGUCUUUGAGGGACACUGUCAAAAACUUCCGCAUGGAGGCAAAUGUCGUCCGGAAGGAAAGAGCGGUUGGUAUUGUACCAAAGGACGGGCACAAAUUCUGCCGAGAGACACUGGAAGAAACCGUUUUGAUCGUGCAGAAGAUACUCGAAAUAUCCGAGGUCGGCCAGCGUCUCCCCUUUUGCGCGUUCAACGGCGGAAACGACGUAUUCGUCGACAUCGGAGAUAAGUCCUGGGGUGUCCUUGCCUGUCAGCGGAUCUUCGGCGGGAUUGAGGGCAGCAAAACAUUGCACGUUGGCGACCAGUUCUUGAGUGCUGGGGCGAACGACUUCAAGGCUCGGUUGGCAUGUACGACGGCGUGGAUCGCGAAUCCGCAAGAGACGUGCCAACUGCUCGAUGAGAUUACCGAAUUGGACGAGGUGCAUCAGCGAAAGACAAGAUAA